UGGCUGAUUGGUUUGUUCAUUGUUGUUCUUGUUUGUACAUUGUUGUCAAACGGUCAAAGACAUAAAGCAUAGAUUAUUGUGAUGUCAACGACCGGCUCUGUGAAGUGUGAAUUGAUUGUGACAAGAUUUUAAAGUUCAACGGCGUUCUUCAAAAUGGGAAUAUUACGUAAGUUGUAUUCUAUUGCUUGCCUAAUAUUUUGUAUAACCGGUGCAUCGUUGGGUGAUCAAGAGCAAAAUAAUAUCGUAAUAGAAUCAUAUAACGAGCAAGUUUCUAAAAAAUAUUCGGCAAACUGGAAUGAUUUAGAUUCCCGACCCUUACCUGAAUGGUACGACAAAGCCAAAAUAGGCAUUUUCCUGCAUUGGGGCGUAUAUUCAGUUCCAAGCUUUGGAUCAGAAUGGUUUUGGAGUAACUGGAUAGGCGGUAAUAGUAAAUAUGUAAACUUUAUGAAAAAAAAUUAUCCUGGAUUUACUUAUCAGGAAUUUGCACCCAUGUUCAAAGCUGAAUUCUUUGAUCCUGAUGAGUGGGCAGCAUUAUUUAAUAAGGCUGGAGCUAAAUAUAUUGUACUUACAAGUAAACAUCAUGAGGGCUUCACAUUGUUCCCAUCCAAGCGAUCCUUCAGUUGGAAUUCAGUAGAUAUUGGCCCGAAGCGAGACCUUGUAGGAGAUCUAGCACAAGCUGUUAGAAAGCAAGGAAUGAAGUUUGGAGUAUACCACUCCCUCUACGAAUGGUACAACCCAAUAUACUUAGAAGAUAAGCGAACAUUGUUCUUAUCAAAGAAUUACCCACAAACAAAAUUGUGGCCGGACAUAAAGCAGCUAAUAAAUGACUACAAACCAUCUGUGCUGUGGUCAGAUGGGGACUGGGAAGCUUUAGAUGUGUAUUGGAACUCUACGGAUCUCCUUGCUUGGUUGUAUAAUGAUAGUCCAGUAAAAGAUGACAUAGUUGUAAAUGAUAGAUGGGGUAUUGGUAUACCAUGCCAUCAUGGAGAUUUUUAUAACUGUGCAGAUAGAUAUAAUCCAGGCAAGCUUCAAUCCCACAAGUGGGAAAAUGCAUUCACUGUGGACACAAAGUCAUGGGGCUUCAGACGCAACAUGGAUAUUCAAGAUAUUUUGACCAUAGAAAAAUUACUCCUAGAAGUUGUCUCUACUGUCAGCUGCGGAGGCAAUGCGUUAAUAAACGUUGGCCCAACUAAGGAAGGUACAAUUGCGCCGAUAUUUCAAGAGCGGCUGCUAGCGCUUGGCGAGUGGUUGGAGACUAACGGAGAGGCCAUCUAUGGCACCUCACCCUGGCUCCACCAGAACGACACGACAAAUGGUGAUGUGUGGUACACCUGCAACAAAGCAGAAUACGACGGACUGAACCCCACAUCGAUACCCACCAAGUCUGAUUCAGUUCUGGCAGUAUACGCAACAUUCUUCACAUGGCCAGAAAACAAUGUCCUGAAUAUUACAGAUACCACGACUUUUCUUCACGACGGUACUAUCGUUGCGACCUUGCUGGGCCAUGAAGGAGAAUUGCAGUGGAAAAUCGAGAAAGAUAGAACAUACAUUAAUCUCCCGAACAAGGCUGGAGUGAAAUCAAACUACGCCUGGUCUCUCAAAUUUGCCAAAUAAAUUAACAUACAUGAAACUUAUAUCAAAACAUACUCAAUAAUAAUUGUAUUUAAUUAUACUUUUAAUUGUUAGAUAUUGUAUUAUACUGGUAGAAAUUAAUAUGUUGCCUAAUGUAAUUGUUCAGUAAGAAUGAGUUGAUUCUUUUUUUUUUGAAGCAUUCUGCAGUUCACGUUAAUAGCCAUUGUAAAUUAUCGGUACAUGUCAGUAAAUUAUCUAAAUAUUCAACAUUUUAUUUAGGAUACAAUAAAUUAAUUUAAUGUCAACUCUAAAAUUGUCUAUUGUCUUUCCACGGAGUCGUUAGCUUCGGAGACGUAUUUCUCGACGCUUGCAGCAAGCUUCCUUACGAAACUUGGACAACUUGGAAACGGCAGCGAAUAUUGUUCACAUCAUAGGAAAUGCUACGAUUUGUACUCUUCUCUUUCCGAAUUCAUUCACAGCUCACAGUUGACUUAAAACGAAGACGGUAGUAAUAAGCAUAAAUAACGCCUUCGUCGAUUUAACAAAAUUGACACAGUUAACUUAAAACGUAGGCAAGCAGUACUUAGGACUCGUGGACACAGUUGAGUACGCCGGGCUGAAGAAGAUGCUUGGACAGUGAAAUACUAUUAUUUUUAAAUUUAUAUAUAUCUAAGCUUAUGGUUGCUCAGAGGGAAAUGGAAAGGGCUAUUUUCGAUGUUUCCCUGCGAAAUCGAAUCAGAAAUGAGGAGAACCAAAGGUAUCGACAUAGCCCAAGAUGGUUGCGAAACUGAAGUGGCAGUGGGCAGGGCACCAAACUCGACGGACAGAUGGCCGUUGUGGCAGUAACGUCUCGAAUGGCGACCACGGUGGUCCAAGAUGGUCCGACGAUCUGGUCAAGAUCGACGGAACACGUUGGAGGGCAGCGCAGGAUUGAUCGUCGUGGAAAUCUUUGGAGGAGACCUUUGUCCAGCAGUGGACGUCUUCCAGUUGAUGAUGAUGAAAAUGAUAAUAUACAUAUAGCAUACGACCAAUUGUGAUGUAUAAAACAAUUGUAAUUGUAAUCAACUUAUUUUUUAAAUAAAACUGUGUUUAAUGUUGAA